CGUGUGUGCCUGUGUGGUAGGUGAAAUGGCCAGUGCUUCAGUGUUUCAGGAUGAGUUCUGCUGUUCUAUCUGUCUGGAUCUGCUGACGGACCCGGUGACUGUUCCCUGUGGACACAGUUUCUGUUUGAAGUGUAUUACAGGCUGCUGGGAUCAGGCAGACCAUAAGGGUGUUUACAGCUGCCCCCAGUGCAGAGCAACCUUUACUCCUAGACCUGUUAUUCGCAGAAGCACAUUGCUGGCUGAUGUUGUGGAGAAGCUGAAGAAGACAGAAGUCCAGUCUGAUCACACGGCUCUUUCCAACGCCGGACCCGACGAUGUGGAGUGUGAUUUCUGCACUGGGAGAAAACACAAAGCCAUCAAGUCGUGUCUAACAUGCCUGGUUUCAUUUUGUGAAGUUCACAUCCAGCCUCACUAUGAAGUGCCUCGCCUAAGCAAGCACAAGCUAGUGAAUGCCUCCUCCCGGCUACAAGAGAAGAUCUGCUCACAACACCACAAGAUCAUUGAGGUGUUUUGUCGCACAGAUCAGAAGUUAAUAUGUAUGCUCUGUUCAAUGGACGACCACAACGAACACAAAACUGUCUCCGCUAUAGCAGAACGAACUAACAAGAAGAAAAAGUUGUUGGAGAUGAAGAGUGAUAACCAGAUGCAGAUCCAGCAGAAGGAGAAGGAGGUGGAGGAGGUGAAGGGGGCUUUGAAGUCUCUGCAGGCCUCUGCACAAAAAGCUGAUGAGGACACCGAGAGGAUCUUCACUGAGCUGAUCAGCUUCAUGGAGAAAAAACGCUCUGAGGCGAAAGAGUCGAUCAGAGCUCAGGAGAAGGCAGAGGUGAGUCGAGCUGAAGGACUCCUGGAGCAGCUGGAGCUGGAGAUCGCUAAGCUAAAGAACAGAGAUGCUAAGAUGGAGCAACUCCAGCCAGUUGAGGACCCCAUUGAUUUCCUCCAGAGUUUCCAGUCACACCUCACCUCCUCAUCUGUGGCUGAGAACUUUCCGAUGGUUACUUUUAAAACAACUUUCUCCUUCAGCGAAGUGAUGAAAUCAGUGUCUCCAUCUUUGAAAGAGAAAACAAAAGAGUUUCACCAGGCAAUACUUAAAGGUAGGUUUAUUUUCUUUCAAAAUGAAAAUGUCACAGGCCAGUGAUUCCUAGAAGCUAAGAUGGGCUGAGCAGAAUCUCAAUAAGUGUCAGGAUCCUGCUCUGUCUGUUUUGUGUUUGUCUAUUU